GUUUGAAACGUCGCCGGUUAAGGUUGUACUUGGCUACUUAACUUAGUAGUACUUUUACAUAACCAUGUUUUAUCAGAAUACAAUUUCAAAAGGGAGGGGUUUAUUGCUGUUGCAGAAUACUAUGAAAGAUCUGAUCUGAUAUCAGAUAGAAAAAACCAAGGGAUGUGUUCAAGGACUGAAACAUGGGAAAUGUCAUUAUAAAUCAGUUUAAUUUUGAGCUGUGAACUGUGAAAAAUAUGGAAAGUGAAAGCAGUCAAAGCAAACGCAGACGUCCAAAUUUAUCUGAAGGAGAAAAAACUAUUAUAUAUAAUGUGUAUUGUGGGCUCCGUGAACGAAAUGAAAAUAUGUUGCAUAACGACGUAGUUAAUCUGUGUAGUGAUUUAACUGAAGUGUCGAUAAGAAGUGUUCACAGAAUUCUUAAAUCCUUCAAAGAAAAUGAAGGUAAAUGUGAUGUAUCUAAAAACAUUGAAACUAGAGGAAGAAAACAAAUUCAGCUUGAUGAUUGUACCAAAUAUGCUAUUCGUAGGAAAUUCCAUUUGUUCUUUUUCAGAAAUGAAAUCCCAACCUUGAAAAAAGUCGCAGCUGAAAUAAGUUCCGAUGAAACGAUGCCCAAAAUAUCAAGACGUGUUUUAUUGCGCACAUUAAAGCAAAUGAACAUUAAAUUUAUCAAAAGAGGUAGAAAAAGUGCUCUUAUAGAAAGAGAAGAAAUUGUUUUGUGGCGGAGAAAUUACUUGAAAAAAAUCCGAGAGUAUCGUCUUGACGGUAGAAAAAUUUAUUAUUUAGAUGAGACUUUUCUGAAUCAAGGCCAUACUGUUUCAAAAGGAUCGGAAGCACUAGCUGGCAAAGGACGGAGGCUCUUGAUAACUCAUAUAGGCAGCGAUUCAGGUUUUUUGGAAAAUGGCUUGUUACUCUUAAAUUCCAACAAAACUAGUGACUACCACGAGGAAAUGGAUGAGCAAAAGUUUGAAAGUUGGUUUUCACAGAUUUUACCAAGCCUUGAACCAAACUCUGUCGUCGUCAUGGACAACGCCUCUUACCACAGCAGACAAUUGGAGCAGUCACCAACAACUGACUGGCCAAAAGCUGAUAUCAUUAACUGGCUGUCUCAAAAAAAUCUAACAUUCGAUGAUAAUAUGUUAAAAGUUCAAUUACUCGAUAUUGCAAGGAAACAUAUACCUCUGUUGAUGAAAUAUGUUGUUGAUGAAAUGGCUCGUGAGAGGAACAUAAUUGUACACCGCCUCCCUCCUUACCAUUGUGAACUAAACCCUACUGAGCUAAUAUGGGCUCAAAUAAAAAACCAGGUGGCGAGGGAAGACUUGACUUCUGAAACAGAUGAGAUAAAAGGCCUACUAGCUACUGCUAUAGAAAAUGUCACACCCGAGUCAUGGAAAAAAUGCAUUAGACAUACGAUAAAAGAAGAAGACAAAAUGUGGGAUCUCGACACUAGAAUGGACAUUGCAAUUGAACCGUUGGUUAUUAGCUCUGAUAAUAGCGAUUGCGAUAGUUGCUCAUCAUCCAACGAAUUUUCUUCAGAAGAUAAUGAAUAAUACAAUAAUUUUUUUUUAUUGCAGCAAAUGUUGUGUGUUCUACCUUUCACCACGUGCAACAUGGAUGAAUGAUGAACUUGAAGAAAUGUGAUUCAGAAAUCCGGAGAGAUUUUGACGUAUUAGGAAUGCACAUUUUUUGAAGUCAAACAACAGUACUGGAGUACUUGAUGAAGUACGAUAAUGUGCUCUCUUGGGAUACAGCUUAAUGAAGAUGAAUUACAGAUUAAAUAUCGACGGAUAUAUGGAAAGGUCUUCUUCGUCACUUGAAUAUCUAGUUUGUAGGAUGUGACAAGAUUACUACAAUGAUCAGAACUCUGAAGACCAUGGUCUCUUCAUACAGUACGCAUCUUAAGCGUUAUCUCCCUAUCUAACUCGUUACUGGCCCCUUUAUUUGAAAAUGCUGGAAACAGUGAUAGAUCCACUGAAAGUGGCGAAUUUCCUAACAAGCGUCCAGUAACGAGGUGGGUGGUAACACUUACGAUAAGUGCAAUGGACACAAGUGCAGAUAACUCAAGGUGAAACUGAUGAACUUGUUGAACUGGUUUCCUCUAUCCAUAGACAUCAUUUGUGGAAUUGGAUUCAAGAAGUUGUUUGGGGUGUGUCCAUUUUUGAAGAUAAAAAAAAAAUGGUUCGAAGGUGAAAUCUGCUAAAAGGUAUUCAGACCGACUACAUCACUGAAGCUGAAACUGAUGAACUUGUUAAACUGGUUUCCUCUAUACAUUGACAUCAUUUGUGGAAUUUGAUUCAAGAAGGUGUUUGGGAUCUGUCCAUUUUUGAAGAUGAAAGAAAAAAUUGUUCAAAGGUGAAAUCUGCCCAGAGGUAUUCGGACCAACUGCAUCACUGAAGGUUUAUUGACCUAAUUACCGUUUCCAGUUUGGGCUAGUGUUAUUUGAAAACUAACCGAGUUUGGGAUGCACGCACAAUCCUACACCGCCUAUUAAAUUGAAUGCUGAAUUGAUCGACCGACCAUCUCUAAAUUAUUGAAUUCUAUUUGAAGAUAUUUCGUUUGGGAGACCAUCUAGCAGAAUGUAAAAUUUUAACUGGACAAACAAAGCUCAGCUCAGUCUACUGAAACAGACUUGCCUGCAUUGAUAAUAUUUAAGGUAUGAAAAGUAGUUCUUUCAAAGUCAUAUCAUGUGGAGUAGUCAAUAUUUCUUGUUCUUUUUUUGGAUGUUUAACCUUCUAUAAUUUAAUCUGCUGAAGCGUAAUAAAAAAGGGCAAACUGAAAAGUUCACCUCGAAAAGUUACUGCAUAGUAUAAAUCACUGAAGAUUACAGUUGGUAACUAAUUUGGUUACUUGUGAAUGAAAUGCCUCAAGUUGAACAGCUGAAUAUAGACAUAUUGUUCUAAGGAGUAUCAAAAAAAUAAUAUUUUCAAUUCAUCGGUGACUUUUAGUUUUUGAUAACUGAAAAGGAAUAUUUUCUAAAAGGUCAAUCAUCUAACUGAAGAUAUUUUAAUCUGUAGGCAAAAGUAUGAAUACGAUAAUUAACUGACUAAUGAGCUUUUCAGUGGUUUAUAUUAGGCAGUAACUUUUUGAAACGAAAGAUGCCAGGAAUAACUAACUUCCAAGAGUGAAAACAGUUGAAGUUGCAUUAUUGUAUUAGAAAGUUGAAUUUGAAAUGGGAUUCUAGCAUAUUUUUGUAUUUUUGAAAAAAUAAAAUGUAAUUUGUU